AUGCGGGAUAGUUGUGCUGUGUCUGUGGAGAUGGGAGGAACUCCUCCUAUUCCACGUGAAAGAUUAGAAGCACUGCGACACCCACGACUAUUACCCCGCAGUAUUCCACCUUCUUUUACAUUGCAGAGUCAAUUGCUGGGCGCGGAGUUCUGUGCCUCUAUUUCUGCAGCCAUGAUAAGAAUGGCACAGAAGAAUACUACUACUAAUACUAAUACUACUAAUAGUACUACUAUUUCUAGUUCUCCAAAGGUGAUGGAAACAUCAUCUUCACAGGCGUUGUUGUUUGAUCUUUCUGCGCAUUACGGAUCCCACACCCUUCGUCGGGCGGCGAGUUAUCCAUUAGGGCCGUGUUACGCAAGCCGAGAGCGACGGCGAGCUUUAAAGGGACAUCAUGAUGGCAGAAGACAAUUGUGGUCUUUGCGUGCAGCACAUAAACUUUGGUGUCGCCGCUGUGGAGUCUUUCUUCUUAGUGGAGAGACAAAACAACUUCUUUCAACAUGUCUCUCCACCGUAACUGUUUAUCCAGAAAAUGAUACAAACACAGUCUCUAGUAAUACUACUUCUACUAAUCCAAAGAAAAGAGGAGACUAUGUGUGCUUCCGAUGCUUUAGAGAUGAAUACACCUCCAGGAGGAAGAAUGAAUCUGUGGAUACGACACUUCUUUCUUUAUCGUCAGAGAAGGAAUGCCCAACAACAACAAUGGUAUCUCCUGCUAAAAUAGGCCGAACAUGUAGACGAAAGCGUAAAGGUCGUGGAAAGAGUAUAGUUCCAGUCAAGGCGGUUGAAUCUCUUGCUGCUUCAAUAGUAAAGACAGGGAAUGAGGCUAUUAAUAUGAGAACAGCUACUGUUUCUGCGGUGCCUAAAGGAUCCUUAUCACGUAGAAAAAGAGAACGUGAGACAACAGGACCGAAAGAAAUUGUCCCAGUUGAGAAAAAGAAAGAAGUGCUUCCUGUGGAUGAUGAUGAUAAUAAUAAUAAUGACACUCAAAGAAGUAGCUCGAAAUCUAUAGAAGGAGGAAAAAUAAUACGUGUGGAAAAAACCACAGCUAAUUCAAUUUCUUCUUCUUCUUCUUUAUCUUCUUCAACAACAAAAAAAACCGUUUUAACUAAACCAGAACCUUUGAUGAAUUCGAAAGUUCCCACAGUGGUACAGAACUCUUUGCCACCACCCCCACCACCAAAGGGUCGUCGUCCUGCAGCGAAAAAGAAUGACAAGAGUGGUAGUACUCCGUCAAGUAAUUCAUUUGCUAACACAAUGUCGAGACUUGGUCUGUAA